AUGAAUAGAAUAAUCGCCACGCCGGCCUCUAAAUUCCGCCCCCUCCACCCCAACAGCAACCCUAACAACGCCGACAGCUCCGGCGUAGCCAUCCCAGUGGAAGAGCACCCGCUCCAAAUCCUAUGGAACCACCAAGUCCUCGACCCGGACAGCGACAUCGUAGCCCACUGGAACCACGUCUUCCUCGUCAUUUGCAUCUUCGCCCUCUUCAUCGACCCUCUCUACUUCUACCUUCCCAACGUCGACGGCCCCGCUUGCUUGUCCUCCAACAACGAACUCGCCGUCGUCGUCACCUGCUUCCGCACCUUCACCGAUCUCUUCUACCUCCUCCACAUGAUCAUCAAAUUCCGUACCGCCUACGUCAAUCCCAGUUCUAGGGUUUUCGGCCGCGGCGAGCUCGUCAUGGACCCCCGCCAGAUUGCCAUCCGCUACUUGAAAUCCGACUUCGUCGUCGAUCUUGCUGCCACCAUUCCAAUUGUUAUCUGGUUAGUGAUUCCGGCCACCAGGAAUUCGAGAGCUGAUCAUGCCAACAGCACUCUGGCUCUGUUCGUUCUGACUCAGUAUGUUCCUCGAAUCUUCCUCAUCUUUCCUCUGAAUCAGCGCAUCAUCAAGACCACCGGCGUUGUGGCGAAGACUGCGUGGGCAGGAGCUGCAUACAAUCUCCUUCUUUUCAUGCUAGCCAGUCAUAUAGUUGGAGCUGUGUGGUAUCUAUCGUCCAUAGGGCGGCAGUUCUCUUGUUGGAGACAGGAGUGUAGAAGGGAGAGCGAGUCCAUGAUUGUGUCUUGCCUUACUAGUUUUCUGGAUUGUAAUAGCAAGGAGCUACCAGAACGGAAAUAUUGGCUCAACGUCACCAACGUUGUUUCGAAUUGUGAUGCAGAGAAUGAGAAAAAUAUCAAAUUUAAGUUUGGAAUCUUUGGGGAUGCUUUCAAGAAUGAGGUGGCGAACUCGCGCUUCUUUGAGAAGUACUUGUAUUGUUUUUGGUGGGGUUUAAGAAACUUAAGUUCAUACGGGCAGACUUUGAAGACGAGCACAUAUCUUUGGGAAAUAAUGUUUUCCAUUGUUCUCUGUCUUACUGGUUUAAUUCUUUUCUCACUAUUGAUUGGAAACAUGCAGACUUAUCUGCAAUCGAUGUCAAUAAAAUUCGAAGAAUGGAGGAUUAAGCAGACAGAUACUGAGGAGUGGAUGAGGCAUCGCCAAUUACCUGAGGAUUUGCGAGAACGUGUACGCCGAUUUAUGCAAUACAAAUGGUUUGCCACACGAGGAGUUGAUGAAGAAUCCAUAUUGCGCUCAUUGCCUUUAGACCUCUGCCAUGAAAUCCAGCGACACUUAUGCCUUAACCUUGUUCGUCGUGUCCCUUUUUUUUCACAAAUGGACGACCAGCUUCUUGAUGCCAUAUGUGAACGUCUUGUCUCAUCCUUGAGUAUCCAAGGCACACAUAUAGUUCAAGAGGGUGACCCAGUAACUGAGAUGUUGUUUAUCAUUAGAGGGAAACUUGAGAGCUCCACAACCAAUGGAGGGAGGUCCGGGUUCUUUAACUCCAUCGCUCUUGGACCGGGUGACUUCUGCGGUGAGGAACUCUUGACAUGGGCCUUGAUGCCAAGCUCUAGCCUUAAUCUGCCUUCUUCCACUCGGACUGUGAGAGCCUUAACCGAAGUUGAAGCUUUUGCACUUCGAGCCGAGGACCUUAAAUUCGUUGCAGGUCAGUUCAAGCGCCUUCACAGCAAGAAACUACAGCAUGCGUUUAGGUACUAUUCCCACCAAUGGAGGACAUGGGGUGCUUGCUUCAUACAAGCCGCUUGGAGAAGGUUUAAGAAGAGAAAGAUGGCAAGGGACUUGGCUAUGCAGGAGAGCUUCUACUAUAUGCAAAUCCCAGGCCAAGAGGAAGAGGGUUACUACUACUAUGAUGAAGAACAAGCAGAUGGAAAUUAUGAGAAUAAUGAGAAUGGUGGGAGAUCAGGGGAGAGUACAAGCAAUACUGGCUCGCAUAUUGGGGUCACAUUUCUGGCUUCCAAAUUUGCUGCAAAUACGAAAAGAGGGAUUGCCCAGAAAGCUCAGGCGGUUGAGGCUGCUUCUACCAGUUUGGGGAUGCCUCGUUUGUUUAAGCCAGAUGAACCUGAUUUCUCUGUAGAAUGA